UCCUUUCCCAGGCCUGUUGCGAACUUGUUGCCUAGAGACGGCCUGGUGCAUUUCGGGAAGCCAAGAUGGCGACACCUAUGCAUAGGCUUAUCGCUCGCAGGCAAGCGGAAGCUAAUAAACAACAUGUCCGAUGUCAAAAAUGUUUAGAAUAUGGUCACUGGACCUAUGAGUGUACUGGAAAACGGAAGUAUCUACAUAGACCAUCACGAACCGUGCAGUUGAAGAAGAGUUUAAAAGAAAAACAGAAUAAAUUAGCAUUACCAGCAAGUGGACAAGGAAAUGCAGAAAAGAAGAUAAAGAAGAAAAGGUCUCAGAGCAUUAGCAGCAGCAGUAACAGCACUUCUACUGAUUCAUCGUCAGACAGUGAAACAUCAUCCAAUUCAUCCACAUCAGAAAGCAGCAGCAGUGAUGAUGACAGUUCAUCAACUGACAGCUCCUCAUCUUCCUCAACCUCCUCAUCAAGUGAAACAUCAUCUUCAGAUUCGGACUCUGAUUCUAGUUCCAGUAGUAGUAUUAGUAGCUCUGAUGAAGAACCCCCAAAAAAGAGGCAGAAAUCAUGACAGUACUCUUUAAGCAAGUUUCGUAUGCAUCCUUGCAAUUUGAAAAAGUGUCUUUUUAACAAAACUUAAAAGAUAAACUAGCCUCUUACAAAGAAACUGUUAUAGACAAAUUAUGAAUCAAACGUGAAGUGUUUGCCUAAUGUUUGUGACCUUCAAAUGUACCUGUCAACAAUGAAUUUUUGGUCAUUUUCUUUAAAGUGAAUAUUGUCCUUUUUUUCCCUGUAGUGCACAGUAAUUUUCAUAAAUGCAUCAGCAUGCAAAUGUUAAAGUAGGGUACUCUGAUAAUUGAAAACCAGAAGACGUUGCAUCAAAUGUUGGGCUACCUGGCUCAUAAUAUGUCAUUGUGAAGAAGCUAUCGACUUGGUCUCAUUUCUCAAAUCUUUAAAAUUUUCCAUUUCUUCCUUCCACUCCUCAGAUAUUUAUUUAUUUCACCUUCUGUUUAUCAAAUUAUGGACUGUUGCUUCACAAUUUGUCAAUGUAUUCUGUUUAGCAGUAAGACUUUAAAGUCAACUUCCCCUUUUGGAGAAUGACUUAAAUGUGUGCUAUUUGGUUACUUAUUUGUCAAAUACUGAAAUAUAUCUUCAAAAACUUCAAAUAUUGUAAAGCUAGUGGAUAUGCUCUCAACCUUGUUUGUGAAAUUAUUCCCAAAAAGCUAUCAACAAUAAUUCACCUUUAUAAGAUGUACCAUUGUUAAAUGUUCUCUGUGCUAUUUUUAUAAAUCUCAAAUUAAAUCUGUCCCCAUUAUUCUUACCCAUA